UACGAGGCGACGCGCUCACCCUCAUGUAGGCGGGGCUGGAUGGUGUGGUGAGCCCCCCGCACCUGGCCCAGCCCUUUGACCGGCUGCAGCAGUACGGCCUCGGAGGCAGCGUGAGGGGCAGGGUGCUGUACGUCAUGCCCCUCAGCAAGGUGGUUCAUCUCACCCUCCAGAAGAAUGUCUGCACCAUGGGCCUUGCCAAGGACCCCAGGGAUGGACAUGAGAUUGGAGACAUCGUUCAAGAGGCGGAGAUCUACAAGUCCUCGCCCAGUGGCAUAUUCCUGAGUUUAGGCGGCAAGGCUCGAGGGUUUUGCUCGGCCAACCACAUUAGCGACAACACCAAGGUCCUCAUGCACAUCAACCGAGACUUCCGGGUGGGCAAGAAGGUCCCGUGUCGCCUCCUCAAGUACAACCACAUGGACCAACUCUUCAUUGUCACACUGCAGAAGUCUGUCUUCGAGCGGCAGUUCAUUGCCUACAGUGAGCUGCAGCCCGGGCAGGUUGUGCAGGCCACCGUCAACAGCUACGACAGCAACGGCGCACGGCUGGCGGUGAGCAAGCUGAUGAGCGGCCACGUGCCCUCACUGCACCUCACGGACGGCCCCAUGAAGCACCCCGAGCGAAAGCACAUCAUGGGGGACCAGGUCACCGCCAGAGUGCUCAAGGUCAACUCCAAGAGACAGCACCUUCUCCUGACCCUCAAGUCCCAGCUGGUUACAGCCAAGGAGCCCAUUCUUACCGAGUACUCGCAAGAGGCGGAGAACACUCUCACCAUCGGCUACGUCAUCAAGGUGCUGCCGCAGGGCCUCCUCGUGAAACGACGUGAAAAUGACAUGAAAGGCUUCGUCCCCAGGUCACAGGUCGGCAUUGAGUCGGGCAUGAGUCUAGCCUCGGCAUUCCACGAGGGACGAGUCGUUCGCUGCAGGGUCCUCAAGGUGUCCCCCGAGAAGCAGAACAUCACCCUCAGUCUCCUGGUUGACGAGGACGUUCAGCCAUUGAGUAGGGCGCCCAAGUCAGCGAGGAAGGUUGAGGUGCGAGCAAGAGUCAGGUGUGUGGUGGACGAGGUGAGGACGCACGCUAUCACAGUCACUGUCCUACCCCACAACGUCGAGGCUUCCAUACCUGUCCACCACCUCUCGGAUGACCCGAGCAAGUGCCAGCUGCUGAGGGAGGUGCUGAAGGAAGGGGACGAGAUCAUGAAUGCCGUGGUGUUCAGCAAGGUGCCCGGCUCACCACACCCUCACUCUCAAAAAUUGAGAAGGAUGCCUCUCAGGAUAAGGCCAAAGAGGGGUGGAGCAAGGGCCGACAGCUCCCAGCGAGGACAGCCGAGCACUCAGCACCAGCAGCAUAAGAGCAUAGAAUAUACAGUACCCUCUUGA